AUGUAUUCCACUGUAGUCGACCCGAAACCACAUCAAAUGAUGACAUGCCCUUAUAACAAGGCCCAUCAGGUUGAACACUAUAGAAUGCACAUACAUUUGCAAAAGUGCCGGAAGCAAUAUCCGAACAUGCCCAAAGUGUCUUGCCCGUUCGACGCCACGCAUGUGGUCAACGAUGCUGAGCUGGAUUUCCACGUUUCAACGUGCCCGAAGCGUUUCCUGUUCGACACGCAAAAGUACGUGGUUGAAGACGAGGUGGUGCCGCGCGAGCUGCCGCCGAUACCCGUGGUUCAGACCGACGAGAAUUGGGAGGAGGAGCCGUGCACAUCCUACAAACCGGACAUGUCCAAGAAGGGGCCUCACAUCAUCACCAAGAUCAAGGGGGCUACGCCCUCCCAACGCCGCCAGGCCAGGAUGGAGGGCGUCAAGAACUACCGCCCUAUGCCUUCCACCACAGAAGAUUAA